AUGACGCUGAUGGAGUCCCCAAGCCUGGCGAUCCAGUAUCGAAACCGCCCGAGACGAAGCCGGUUCGCUGGACUCUUUGCCGAAUUGGCGUUUCGGGCACAAGAGAGGAGGAGCGCAAGCCGCGGCGGUGGUGCAGAAGCGGGUGUCCCUGCGAAGGAGCUCUCUGUGUCUGCGGCGACAACCGACAGUCACAUCAUCCCCGUCAUGUCUCAGACUCAGGCUCAGGCUCAAUUUCGUGGCCAUUCGACGGCGAUAGAGGCACGUGUAUUCUGCGCCGAUGAUGGAGACGACAGCCCGAUCCCGGAGGAGUAUCGUGAUCUCAACGAGCCUCAGGAUGCUGGUAUAAUGAGGCAGUCUUCGUCAUCCUUUUCCUCACCACCAAGUCAGAACAACUGGGAGAUUGAAAGUUCGAUCUCUUCUUUUCGCGCCUCUACUCCAGCUUCCCCGAUGUCCAGCAGAGCCGCAGGUGCGAGUAUCGUCGAACACUCCCUUGCCCGAACAGGUCCUUGUCCGUUUGAAAGUGGACAUCAACAAGCACCCUUGUUGCCGAAUUCUUGGCUGCACGACGACAUCAGGACCAGCGAAGCCACAGCCUCAGGGAUAGAGACAGAGUUUCCCACCCUCCAAUACGCAACAUGGGGGCCGGCAGGGCACUGGGGUGACAGGUGGCAGCCACAAAUUCUGACGACAACGCUGAAACACGCAUAUCUGCACGAGCAUCAGCACGACCAGCCCAGCAGUGAUAUCCGUGGGAAGGGCGUGAGCGCGGCCUCGACUGCUGCUGCCAGAGCGCAAGGUCAGACUGCAACAUUCAGCAUCGUUCCAAUGCCAUCACCACAGACAUCCUUCAAAUGCGCCAUCACUCCACUCACACCUCCGUGCAGCACAUUGAGCCCGAUGCCUCACCACUGGAACCGCAGAGCUGGUGUCAGAAGACGUGGAUAUGGCUCGCAUCUCCAACCGGUCGUCGGACAUGUUACCACCGUGUAG